AUGACUUAUCCUUUUUUAGCCUGGUGUGUGAUUUCCCCGAGGCCAGUUGCACAAGAACCAGCAAAACAACCACGUCUGUUCCAGACUAGACGGCGAGUGGGGCCCUGGAGAGAGAAGAAGGCCUGCCCUCUUACUGGGCGGGUGAUGGGCGUGCUCCGUCCCGCUUGCUAUGCCGCCUCUCCGCCCAAAGAGGCUCGGCUCGGCCCGGCCCAAGGAGGGCUUGGAAGGCGGUAGCAGGUGGAGGCAACAGCCCGCUCCGUCUGCAAAAGUUUCUGGUAGGCCUGGAGCGCGGGAAGAGACGAAAAGAGGAGGAGGAGGAGAAAGGCGGGCUGACGGUGCCAUGGCGAUCGGCCGGCGACCUACCCAGAGCGAAUCCCCUUCCGUCGUCGAGGAAGGAAGGAUCCUGCAUGAUCCAGGACUGCGGAGGAGGAGAACUGGGGAGCAUGUAGGGUCAGCUAGCCGCGGGGAAGCCGUCGGAGGAGGCGGAGCAAGCCGGACAUAGCGGCUCAGAGAGACGCCCUCGGAAGAGUCCAGGAAGGAAGGAUUGCUUGGAAGUUGUAGGGGAUUUUUUUAAAGGGGGGGUUAUUGUCCCUGGAAAGAUCCCUUUCCUGGACCCUAUACCUCCCCCAAAAGACGACUGGGAGGGAGACCACCCACGUGAAAGAAGGAGACAUUCGGGCAAGCCUUAGUUAAGUUGCUCUCACUUGAUUUUAGGAAAAUUUUUGAUGCAAUUGAGGUGGGGGACCUUUGUCCCUUUUCUAAGUGACUAGCAGCAGAGAGGUUGCAGACCGCCCCCUUCAGAGUUGACACUAGGGACCGCAGACCCACUUUGGACUUGUUGGCCCCCAAACCAUGGCAUGGUCUGGCUGUGGUCCCAGCUGCAACGCACCUUGGCCGCCUCGGUACCGUUAUUGGGACCUAGCCUUUGCCUUGAUGGGCACAGCUGCAUUUCUGGUGGACCUGGGCGCUGACGCAUGGGUGGCCGCCAGCUACUUGAAGGCCGGGGACUACCACUGGGGUGGGCUGGUGCUGGGGCUGUUGGCCUUGUCGUCGGUGGCAACGCAGUUCUUCAGCUGCGCCUGGUACUGGAGUGACCCCCCAGACUUGAUGGAAGCGCUGCCCACACGGCGGACCCUCCUUGUGUUACACAUCCUACAGCUGGGCUACCUGUACAGGUGUUUCUAUGUUCUGAAGGUGGGCUUCCGCGUGUGCCGGACGAAAGCAGACAAAGAUAUUGCUUAUGCUGUUUUCCUGUCCCAUGACAUCAGCUUCUUGCGCCUCUUUGAGACCUUCCUGGAAAGCACCCCUCAGCUUGUCCUGGGGCUCUACAUUAUCCUAUGCACGCAGAAAGCAGAGAUAUUUCAGGUGCUUGGGAUUUGCACCUCUUUCCUGUGUAUCGCCUGGGCCCUCUUGGACUAUCACCAAACCCUGCGCAGCUUCCUGCGGGAAAAGCACAAGCUGGGCCGCCGGUCCUCCACCAUCUACUUCCUGUGGAACUUCCUCUUGGUGUGCCCUCGCAUCCUGUGCCUGGCGCUCUUCGCGGUGGUCUUUCCGAGCUACGUUUCCCUCCAUUUCCUGGCAGUCUGGUCCGCCAUGUUUCUCUGGGUUACGUUGCAAGGUACAGACUUCAUGGAACACUCCGCCUUUGAGUGGCCUUAUCGGGCUGUGGUGGCCGUCAUUCUCUACUUCUGCUGGUUCAAUGUGGCCGAGGGGAAGACAUGCUACCGCUCUGCAAUCUACUACACGUUCCUCUUGGUUGACAGCACCAUCCUUGCCAUCUCAUGGCUCUGGAACACCGUUCCCUUGAACUACGACUCCCACCUUGCGGCGCAUGCGCUCUACGCAGCCCUGCCCUGCUACGUAGCCGGGAUCCUUUUGAGAAGCGUCUACUACAAAUGUUUGCACCCUACUUUGCAGGCUGCAAUCCCGGUCACUGGUGAUGAAAUGGACAAUGGAGAUCUAGCUGGCAAAGGCGUGCCAGCUUUUCGGCAGCUGGUUGUACGAGGACACGGUGACCAAGAGGCUAUACGAGGACAUAUCAACCGUCGGGCAUAUGGACUUGCUCAAAGCUUCUUUGCUGGUGCUACAGAGGUUGCACAGCGUCAAGGAAAUGGGACUCUUGGGGACAGCUGUUUGUGAGCCCAGCUAUAUGCUGCAUCCCAUGUGGCCAAGACUUUCUAGUAAUAAGGCGAGAGGAGUUCUGGGCUGUGUGUACCCAUAUUUUGGUCUGUACCUGUCGAGAUGAUCCCAGGCCUUUGAACAUUUUUUUUUUAAAUGUAAGAGUUUUUUCUAGCUUCGCAGGGACAUCAUACAGGGCAAGCGGGUUGGGGGGAGAUGGUCAAUCCCAUCACCAUCAUUUAUUUUUCCCAUGUGGUAUCCCUCUUACGCCUGGGGUAGACAAAACGUUGUGCUCCAGAUAUUAUUAAUUCCAGCAAACAUGGCCAACGGAAGGAGUGAUGGGAGUGGUAGCCAGCAACAUCUCAAGGGCACUACGUUGGCUAUCCCCGCUCUAAGGAAUUCAUGUCAUCACAUGCUGACCUUCACAGGAGUGUUGUUGGCCCCAUUGCAACUCGUGCAUCGUCUGGGGUGGGGGCACAGAUACAUGGUAAAGCUGCCUCCAGGAUCACCAGCAUGGGCUAAGCCUAGAAGAUGAAGUCAGGAACAUGGCUUCCAUGCUUCUUGGCCAGAGGCGGGUAACCUGUGGCCCACCAGAUGUUUCUGGAUUACAACUCUCAGCAUCCUUGGCCAUGCUGGCUGGGGCUGAUGGGAGUUGGAGUCCACCAGCGACACGGCUGCUACAGGUUAUCCAUCCUUGCAGAGGUUCAUUUCAGAUAGAGGUUAUGGUUGCUACAGCCCUUGGCGCACUCUUAGAAAAAGACCCCAUCCUGUUUCUUUUAUCUCCUGUGACAUCCCAUAUUGGCUUGGAAGAGUUGUAUGUGUGCAAGGCAUCCCUCAGCCUGCAUACCUGGUGCAUUCUUCAUUGUAGCAAUAAAGGAGAGGAAACUACAGGGGAAGACUGUGGCGCUGACCUCCUCUCUGUAGCCAAUAGGCUUUAUUUCGUCUCUUCGGGAGACAGCUCAAAUAAUAUUGUAAGCUUCAUUGCUUUAGCUGUCCCUUGAUUGAGCCAGGUGCUAUCUAUGCAAUAACAUCUUAGCCAUCCCUUGUUGGGAAACAGGAUCCUAGAACUUGAACCUUGUUAGGCUGUAGUUAAUUAGUUUCUAAUGUGCUUUUGGAGUCUUCCCUUCCUUCCCUUGGUGGUUCCUCUCUUGUGUUCUGACGUUCUUGUCCCAUUGAGUGACUUAAGCCCUUAGCUUCAAUGAAGCUUCUACUUGCUGCUGGCUUCAUGUAGCCAAAUGGCCCAUUCUCAAAGAGCCGGUUCCAUGAACAGCCCUACAAACUGAGUUUCUUGGCACACCAGUCCCAGGUUUUUCUUUAUAGGAGCCACAAAUAUGUGCCCUACAUUUCUAGGCGGAAUUCUUCUCCCUCCUCACUCACCUGAUGUAGUUGAAGAUAAAAUGCUUCGAGUGUUGUUACAGCAAUGUGUUUCAGAUAUUCAGAUUGUUGAGCCUGAUUAUUGUUAUUAUUUAAAAAAAACUGAUCUAGGGCUCAAGUGCAAGCAGAUUUUUAUUCAGCUGGCACCUUAAUUGUCUCCUGUAUUUUCCUUCUCAAGCGAAAAGCAGCUUUGGGAGGUUGCAGGUUUGAGUGGAGGGAUGUGGGGAGGGAUAGUGAAAAAGAGAGAAAGAGGCUGCUUAAUCCUUUCCUCCUCAGCCGUUUUUCUUCUCAAACGUUAUCCCAACCUGCUUUUUCACUCGUAGGGAAAAGGAUAUGGGUAUUGUGGCAUUGAACCUCCCUCUCACAUUCCUUCCCCUGACUCACAGCCUCCUGCAACUGUUUUUCAUUAAAAAUUGGAUGUGCCUUUCCUGCAUAA